AUGAAAGGUAUGAAAGUGUUCAGAAAAUAAGAAAAACUUUCACCCAAAUGUUUUUUGUCAACUAGAAAAGGAAUUGUGAAAGGAUCGAUUUUUUCCACGUCUAUAGUUUUGAAAAAACGCUAUUUUUCGAGGAAAAAAAUUAUUUUUGAAUUUAAUGAGUAUGCGAGUUAGCGUCGUUCUGUGUAUGCACAAAAGACGUCAAAUAUUACGGAAAUUGUGGGAGGGGCGUCGUCAAAAGAACGCCGUGAGCGGUCACUUUAGCGGCGUCAGCGCUUAAGUGAUGGUACGGCCACACUCUCAGAGCUAACGACGAAUCUGUUGCUAAACGUUGUUUGUUGAUGGAAGUCGCUGGAAAAAGACCGAGAGGGCGGCCGAAACAACGAUGGUUGGACGCUCUCCACAACGACAUGAAGAACACCCGACUACACCCAGACCAUGCAGCCGAUCGAAUAAAAUGGCGCCUACGAUCCAGAAUAGCAGACCCCGCAACCGAGCGGGACAAACGCUGAAGUAGAAGAGGAAGACACAUAUCCGCCUAAUCUUCGAAAAUAUGAAUUGCGGUUUUUUUCCACCUAAAGCUUCGGCGGAAGUCUAUUUCUUUUGAGCUUAUCGUCAAUUUUUGAAUUGAUAUCGUUUUUUGAAGGUGGCGCUCUAAGCACCUUCCUCAUGACCAAGUCUGAGAAGGUGUCGAACCUGACCUUGACGAGGUUCUGUCUCGAUGCCGCGAGGGGACUGGACUACCUCCAUGAAGUUGGCGUCCUACACAGAGAUGUAGCCGCCCGAAACUGCCAGUUGGACGAAUAUGGAACGGUAUUUUCAUAGAACCCAAAUAUUCAUUGACCACCAUUUUCAGCUAAAGAUAGGUGGUUUCGGCUUGUCGCUGAAAGCAUACUACUACGAGAUGUCAUGACCCGAAAACCUUCCAAGCCGCUAUCUUGCGCCACAGUGUUUGACGGAGUACGCUUUCAGCUCGCAGUCGGACGUCUACGCCUACGGGGUUUGCUUUUUGCUCUUAUCUGACUAAAUCAGAACCUUUACAGCAUCUCAUCUGCGAAAUAUUCAACAACUGCCAGAUGCCAUAUGCUGGCAUGUCGGGAGCAAAAGCCCGCGAAGAGGUUAGGUUUUCAUUUUAUUUAAAAAAAAAAAAGUCUGUUUUCUGCAGAUUCUCGCCGGGAAGAUUCUCAGUGUGCACGGCAGAGCACCCGAACCUCUGCGCGUCUUAGUGGAGAAUAGGAUUUUUGCGUUCCAUCCCAUAUACAGGCCACCAAUGAAUGAGGUAUACACUUUCUUUCAGGGCGAAUAUUUUCGACGCAAAAUACCUUAAAACUGAAAAACUGUGAUUUCUAAAAGUUUGUAAGUCGAUUGAAGUUACUGAGUUAUCCUUUCGAAAAGUAAAAAUGCUUUACGGGAAAGUUGAGAAUCUCCAGUUCUUCUAACUGAUCUUUGAUUUUCAAAAAAAUGGCCAUGCACUUUAUAACAGAAUUUCGCGGCUAUUUUUUCUCGAUACUUGAAAAAAUUGAUUAACAACAGAAUAAAAAUAGAGUAGAAUAGAAUUUUCAAAAAAAGGGCUUAAAAAACUUUGAAAAAAAAUCUUCAGAUAGUCGAUUUUCUCGAUGCGCUCGUCAACUGUUUGGAAGAGGUUAGAAACUCGAAUUUUUUCAAAAAUUAUUUUUUUCACAGGCGAACCCGGGCGAAAACGGAGAGGUUGAAAGUGCGUUGGAGGCCGGAAAUGGGGACAACCUGCAGCCGAGCAAUGAAACGGAGGUGAAAUUUUGGUUCAGUCUUUUUUUGUCCAUUGGAGCCUAAUGGUAACACUGGAAAUGGUUCCAAGGUGUGGCGUCUCUUUAUUAGCUGUGAGGCUAAUUCGAAGGCGCUUCAAUUGAGUGGUUCAGUGGUUUUGAGUUUAGAAUGCUUUCUUGUGCGUUUAUCUGCGAGCUUGAAUUUAUAAGUAGUUUAUUAGUCAAGUGGCAAAUUAUAGUAAAUAUAAGAGGGGGAAAAAAAGGGGGGAUAAAUGGGAUAAAAAGAAAGAAUAGAAAAAAAGUGGUUGCAACGGCUCUAUUGAGCCGACCAGAGCUUUUAUAGUCUCUGAAGAAGGUGGGGUUUAGUGUAUCAUUUCGAGUAGUUUCGAAAUGAUUGCGUGGGCGAUCCAUCGGUUUGAGCUGCUUCGUCGGUGAUCAAUCUUUGGGGAUUUCGUAAGAUUGCGAGAGGGGUUUAUAUUUAGAUCUAGUCGGGUAGAUUUGGGUAAUUAAUCAAUGCUGAGUCAUGGCAGUGAUUGCGAAAGAUUUCAUCUCUUUCGUGAUCUUUAUGUUAAGAAAAGAAUAGUUUCUCGCGAUCCGCGAUACUCCCGGGGCGCAAUGAAUCCAUUUCAAGUAAUUGAGGAGACGAAAACAACAAUGGAUAAAAAUUCAUGAGCUUAAUUCUUUCAAUAACAAUUUUCGUUGUUAAAAGUUUAUAAUCAACAGUUUCACGCAAUUAAAACGAGUGAAGGGGGAAGAAGUACAAAAAAGGAGGGAGGGGGAGGGAAAGAGAGAGACGGGCCCUCACUGCAUGAGCGGGCUCUGAGCCCUGCUCAUUUGGGCUGUUUGUUGAUUGAGGGAAGACAAUAAGUUGUGGUCUGGAUUUGUCCUUCCUUUUUCGGUAAUGAUUCUUAAGUAAGCGGCUGUUGCAUACAUAUUUUCGGAUGCGUCCGAGAAUAAUACCAGUUCAAUAGACUUGGUUUUAUCUUUAGAAAUAGCCAAUCUGGGUAUGAGAAGAUUGCACUUCUCUAUUGUCUUCUGAAAAGACUGAAAUUCUUUUACGUGAUUUGCUGCGAUCACAUCGUCCCAUUUUGCUGUGGGAUGUUCGAAAAGUUUUGGUAGUAAAAGUUUUCCUUGAACGUAUAAAGGCGCAAAUAGGCCUAUUGGGUCAAAAAUUCCUGCGAUGUACCGUAGGACUUCUCUUCGAGUAAUAUCUACGUGCUCCAUGCUCUGGGGAAUUUUUACCUUUAAUUUAUCCGUAGCCGUGUUCCAUUGAUAACCUAACAGUUUUUGAGUUUCUGCUUUGCUCAAGUCUUCCUUCGGGAUUUCUUUUUGAAUUCUUGGGUCAUUACUUGCAUAUUCCCUCAGGUUCAUGCUAAUAUUUUUGAAAAGUUCUUUGCUUUCUUUAUGAAGACCUUCUGGUCGUUCUUCAUUAUUGUACAUCAUGAAAAUGUUAUCCACGUAUAAAUUGUGUUCGACUGCUUCGGUUACUCGGCUUUUUUCUUUCAUUUGUUCCACAUAAUGUUUAAUGCUAGCUGCCAAUAGAAAUGGGCUUGCAUUUACCCCAAAAGGUAUUCUUGUAAAUCUCAUUGUUCUCACGUUAUUUUCUUCAGUAGGUUUGGUGGGGUUUUUGUACCAAAAGAAUCUGGUACAAUCUCUGUCUUCCUUUCUCAAUGUAAUUUGGUGGAACGCUUUUUCAACGUCUGCUAUCAGCAAGUUUUUUGCUGUGAAGCUUCGUAAGAUGAUUCCGACUAAGUCGGGUAAAAUGACUGGUCCUUGGUGGAUUGCGUCAUUCAAGGAGUAUUUUCCUUUCAUAUGAGCUGAUGCGUCGAAGACUAUUCUGGCUUUAGUUGUGUUUGAGGUCAUGUUUAUGACAAUUUGAUACGGUAUGUAAUAGUGAGGACUUCCUGGGACCGAAUUUUCCUCUGUUACAUCUUCUAUGAUGCUAGCUUCUUCGUGUUCUUUGAAAUUUUUCACAAUUUUGUCCCAAUUCUCCCUACAUUUUGGGGAAUUUUUCUGUUGUAUAAAUCUUCGCCACGCUACUGGGCGAUUGUCAUGGAGGUUUUCUUUUUUACCGUCUUUCCAGGGCCAUGCCACUGUGAUUUUGCCACUGGAAUCUAUGUUAACAUUCGAUUUGAAGUGUUUCAUAACUUCUUCUGUUUCAUUAUAAUCGCUGCGGUCGGUAAUUCCGAUGCCGCUUAGGUCCAUCAUAUCUUCAAUAGUUUUAUUGAUAUUUUGUGCUGUCAUAGCACGAGUCAUAACUGGAUACUCCUGGUGAGUCCAGACUUGUCCGCAUACUAGAUGGCCUAGUGAACUAGGGACUGCCACCAUCCCGGAAGGUAGGUUUAUCAUAUUUUUUGGUCCAUUUAUAAAUGUCCAAAAUAGGUCCAUGCCUAUAAGCAAUUGAGGUGAGUCUUCCUCACUCUCUUCUAAUUUAUCCUCCAUUAUACCGUUUUUCUAGCAUCUUUUCUCUAUCUUUGUCCAUAAGUUGUGGUUGAUUCACCGAUAUGGUGAUGCUAGGCGUGGUAAACGCUUUUUAUUCCUACCAAUAUGUUUUUCUUUCGUCUCAAUGUAUAACUGCACCCGAUCCGCGGGUGAGUCUAUGGGUUUCUGACCAAAAACUGCCAAUUUCAAUGGACAGUUCUUCUGAAUUAUUUGGAGUUGCAGGGCUUCCGCUGCUUCCUUUGUUAUAAAUGUUGUGUCCGAUCCUGUGUCUAGCAAGAUUUUUGCAUUCAAUCCUAUCUUUGGGGCUUCUGGUUUGUUCCAUAUUUUACCUUGGGCUAUCAUCAGAUUGCACUGUGUGCUUACCAUAUUUUGUCUGGCAUAAAUGACUUCUGGUUUUCUAGGUGAUCUCGUGAAAUUGUUUACUUUUUCUUGUUGAUCUUUUGUACCGUUAAAUUGGUUUCCUGAGCGUUGUUCUUGACUCUUUUGUCUAUUGCAGAGUGCUGAAUUGUGGGCACUUUUGCAGAACUUGCAGCUCAUUUUCGAAUAACAAUCUUUCAACAUAUGUCCAGGUUUCAAGCAUUUUAGACAAAGCUGUUUUUCCUUCGCUUUUCUUUGUCGAGCAUUUCCGUCAGGCACUGUUUUACAUUCGUAAAAUUGAUGAUUGUUUCUGUCGCAGAAGACACAUUUAUUGUUCUUUCUGAAUUGGUUUUGCGGAUUUUUUCCUUUUUCGUUGUGUUUCUGGACAGUGAAAGUGUGCAAUGCCAUUUCUUGACGCGAACUAGUUCCUCUAUUGACCUUUUCUUGCAUUGAAAUUAUGGAUUCGAUGUCAUCUAGCAUCAUGUCGAUAUAACUGUAACCAUGGCAUGUGUGUUCUGCUUCUAAUCUUGCUAAGUUGGUGAGUAGCCACUUUGGGAAUUUGUAUCGAAUUUCGUUCAGAAAUGGAGCUGAAUCGACGUUCUGUUUUACGUUUUUCAAGCUGUGAAUUAAGAUAGCACAGUUGUUGAAAGUGUUUCUGCAACUAAUUAUAUUGUCUUUUGCAUAAGGCAAUUUCUUCAGCUUUUCCCACAGUGUGUCGAAUUGGGUAGUUUCGUCUCCAUAUGUGUCAUGUAGCCUUUUUAUGACUUCUGCGUACGAAUCUCCUGUCUGUGGGUAUCUUUUGAUGAGCUCAAGCGCUCUUCCUUUACAGCUGCUCAAAAGGGCUGCAAAUUUUAGAAUGUCAGCUACGUUUUGUCGAUGAACUAAUGUUUCAAACAUUUCCCAAAAUGGUAACCAAUUUUCUUGUUCUCCAUCAAACUUUGGAAUUUCUAGUGAAUGAUUGUGAGCUAAAAGCUUUGUUACAUCUACCGUAGGCGUGCUAUUGGUUUGGUUGUUUGUUGUCGACCUGCGUGUAGUGUUUUGCGUUCUAUAGGGAUUUGAUUGAGCUUGUCUGGGGUUGGUGUUUCGAGGAUUACUGUUCGUGGAUGCUGUACUGCCUCCUGGGUCGUCAUCAUCGUCUGUUUCUGCUUCUACUGCUCUUGGGAAAGUUUCGUUUGCGUCUUCGUUUUUGGUUUUUUGUUCCUUCCUUCUUAAGGCUUCUGUUAGUUUUCUCGAAGAUUCGUCCCAGGAUGAAUCCUUAUUUAUCGCAAAAUCUACGCUUUUUAAUCGUAUAUCGAAUUCUUCAGCGACCGUGGCUAUUUCUGCGUAUCGCUGUUUCAAACUUAUUAACGUCUUGGAUGCUUUUUCAUAGAAUUCUGUUAUGAUUCUGCCUGAAUUGAUGUCUUUUAGCACUUCUUCGUCAAUUUUUUCGCUUGGAAUUCUUCUUGCUUCUGCUCUACAUUUCUUGACACACUCAUCUAAUACUUGCGCUUGUUGUUUAAUUAGAUCAACGUGAGUCUGGAUACUUUCUGCGUCUUGUUCAAUUUGGCUUACAAUCUGUUCGCUGGUAUGCCGUUUUGUAUCGUAUUUAGGAGCGGUCUUAUGAGCAUUCACUAUCAUGGAAAGACAUUUUUGGCACGAGGUUACUACUGCGACAUAGUUUUUCUGAAUAUCAUAAGCCAUUUGCUCUAAAGCUUCUUGUAAUAGUUUUUCUGAUUCGUCUUCCAUUUUUGGACUAUGUUUCUGAUUAAAUAAAUUCUUUCCAGGUUUAUGGUACUUCUGAUUUCUGAUAUCUCCUUUCGGGUGUUAGGUUUUGAGUCCCUCAGACUGUAUAAAAUUCCCACAAUAGGGCCUCUGUUUUGAGUCCUUCAGACUGUAUAAAAUUCCCACAAUAGGGCCUCUGUUUUGAGUCCUUCAGACUGUAUAAUUUCCCGUCAAUAGGGAGGACGGACGAGUUACGGACGGACAAGUUUUACCUUUGAUUGUGAGACGAAUUGCAAUUCGCACCGCCGGCCGGUGUUGGAAUUGCUGUAGUUAGUUCUCUUGAACUAAACUACUUUGGAUCCUACAGCGACGCUCCACACUUGGGAGGAGUCCUGUCAAUUUGACGUCUAGUAAUUCAACUGCGGUGGUCAGUCGCAGAGGUGAUUGAGGACUCAGGACUUGCACCCUAUCCUAUCAAUCUAAGCGCUCUGGUCUGUUUAGACCUAAAAACUUUUUUUUUUUUGAGGGGAAUUUACUAAUUUACGCCUUAACUAAACUAAGCGCAGCUCGAGAUAUUUCCGAAAAUUGUUUUAGAUCCGAAAAUUUGGCGGCUUUAAGUUCUUAAAUUGGCCGAUGCACCAUAAAUUUGUGGCGUCUCUUUAUUAGCUGUGAGGCUAAUUCGAAGGCGCUUCAAUUGAGUGGUUCAGUGGUUUUGAGUUUAGAAUGCUUUCUUGUGCGUUUAUCUGCGAGCUUGAAUUUAUAAGUAGUUUAUUAGUCAAGUGGCAAAUUAUAGUAAAUAUAAGAGGGGGAAAAAGGGGGGAUAAAUGGGAUAAAAGAAAGAAUAGAAAAAGUGGUUGCAACGGCUCUAUUGAGCCGACCAGAGCUUUUAUAGUCUCUGAAGAAGGUGGGGUUUAGUGUAUCAUUUCGAGUAGUUUCGAAAUGAUUGCGUGGGCGAUCCAUCGGUUUGAGCUGCUUCGUCGGUGAUCAAUCUUUGGGGAUUUCGUAAGAUUGCGAGAGGGGUUUAUAUUUAGAUCUAGUCGGGUAGAUUUGGGUAAUUAAUCAAUGCUGAGUCAUGGCAGUGAUUGCGAAAGAUUUCAUCUCUUUCGUGAUCUUUAUGUUAAGAAAAGAAUAGUUUCUCGCGAUCCGCGAUACAAGGACACCGAUUCCUUUAAACGAACGCCGGACCGGAAACGGCUUGAGCGUGGAGACCUCAAGUACCAUUGAGCCAUUUCCAGUGCAACCACGUUUUUUCUAGUAGUGGAAACCUUGAUAACUCUAAACUUAGUAUGAAAAUAGGGUAGAAAAAUUGAAAAUUCGUCAAAAGUCUAAUGAGUCAACAUAUUUUACAGGACGUUUAUGAGUUGGUCGACCCGGGCCGCACACUUGCCACCUAUUAA